AUGGAAGCUUGUCACUCUCCACAGCAAUCCAAUGUCACUACGUAUGGGGAUGCAACUUUGGCCAUCAUCAGCCUGGAGGCAUUUGCUGGCAUGUGGAUAAAUGCUUUCAUGGUCUGUGUGCUUUGCAUUGGCUGGGUCAACAAGAAAACCCUGAACUCUAAUGAGAAGAUCUUGCUGCUCCUGGGAUGCUCCAGGUUUUGCUCUUUGUGCUUCUCAUGGAUACAUGGCUUUCUCUCAAACAUAUACCCUGACUUCCUUCUUGUUCAUUCCAUACUUCAACUACUUCAAGGUGCUUAUAGCUUUUCUAAUUGUUCCAACUUAUGGUUUUCAGCCUGUCUUUGUGUUUUUUAUUGCAUAAAAAUUGCCAAUUUCAGGAACAGCUUCUUCAUCUAUCUGAAAGUAAAAAUUGACAGGAUGGUGCCAUGGCUGUUGUUGGGGUCAGGGAUUUUCUCCCUGAUUAUUGGAAUUCUCGUCUACAACACUAUUGAUUUAGCUCUCUGUAAAAACCUCAAUUUCACCUGCAAAGGAAGACUUUGGGAUGCAACUAUCAGAAUAGAGGAACAUUUUUACCCUCUUUUUUUCCUCACUGGCUUUUUAUAUAGCACUUCAUUCAUGGCAGUCAUAUUUUCUGCUCUUUUCCUUCUCUUUUCACUCUGGAGACACAAAUGCAAGAUGCAGACAAACUCCAUGAACAGCCUCAGCAUGGAUGCUCACAUCAAAGCCAUGAAAUCUGUUCUGUCCUUCUUCAUAAUGUAUAGCAUCAACUUUAUGUGUUUGAUCUUGACUCUAAUUUAUGUAACCAAGUACCAAAAUCAGGUGAUAUUUUGUGUUAAUUUAAUUCAACAUGCUUAUCCAGGUGUUCAUUCCCUUGUUCUGAUUUUCAGCAAUCCCAAGCUGGAAAAGACACUGCUUAGGAUUCCUUCCUGUGUGAUGUGCAAGGUUUGCAUGAGGUAGAAACUGUAACAAAAGAUGG